GUGAAGUCGUCGCAGGAAGCUCAGCUGGCGCGACGAUGGAGACAAAGCUGAUAAAUGAUACUAAGCGGCCCUCACCCUGGAGGCAUCUUGUAGCGGGCGGUCUGGGCGGUAUGACAGGUGCUAUUAUAACAUCACCAUUCGACGUUGUAAAGACUAGAUUACAGUCUGAUAUCUAUCACAAGUCGAUAGCAGCCAAACAUAAUCAAUCUAAUAUUAAAGGUCUAAGAGGAACACUCUACCAUUUCGUAGAGACAGUGCAUAUGAUGAGGGAUAUAUACGUCAAAGAAUCACCCCGUGCACUCUUCAGAGGCUUAGGUCCUACUCUUUUUGGUGUUAUACCGGCGAGAUCAAUCAAUUUCUUCACCUACGGAAAUCUCAAGUCUAUUAUUGCCGGAAAAUCUCGAGAAGAUUGGUCAACCCACCUCCUAGCAGCUGCUUGUGCAGGGAUUGUUACUGCAACUGCUACCAACCCAAUAUGGGUGAUAAAAACGCGGCUACAAUUAUCACCUGAAUUGUCAGUCUCGUCAAAAUCUGCGAAAGUUUCUGCAUCGCGGAAGGUUAUUGGUGAUUUAAUUAAGAACGAGGGUAUUAGAGGUCUGUAUAGAGGUCUCUCAGCAUCCUAUUUGGGAGUCACUGAGAGUACGCUUCAGUGGAUACUAUAUGAGCAACUAAAAGAUUUUACGAAAGAUUCCAAGCUUUCUUCGAUGUCGACAAUGGUCUCAGCUGGUCUAGCAAAGUCUACUGCAACCGUAAUAACUUAUCCACACGAAGUUAUACGUACUCGGAUGAGACAGGCAGUGCCUGUGGGUGAAAAGCCACGCUACACGUCUCUGAUACGUACUCUCAAACUCGUUUUGGCAGAAGAGGGUGUCUCUGCACUCUAUGGUGGCUUAUCAGCCCAUCUGAUGCGGGUUGUGCCAAACGCGGCUGCAAUGUUCCUUAUUUAUGAAUUCGUAACUUAUAGAUUGUAGAAUAAUAGUCAAAUGAAGAAAGAAAUCUAACAUCACAUUAGAAAUACUCACUA